AUGGAUGGUAUUACCAUUGUAGAGUAUGUGAUUUUGAUGCACAUGUUUCAUGUGCUGUUGAAGGGACUCAGCCGCUAUUGAAGGAUGAUGGAACGAACGAGUCCAAAUCCCACCAACACGAACUGAUGGAGCUGCUCUCGCAAGGGAUGAAGCGUGUUGAGGUUCAUGAUCAUCAUCUCCGGCCUCUAGAUCAGUCGAUUGCAGUCUCCGAAGCUUUCACUUUGCCAAGUUUUCAGUUCAGCGAUGCUUGUUUCUCCCUUGAUAUAUCGAAGUCUAUUCCUAGUGAGAGAAACAGAAAUGAGGCUGGCAUAGAAACACAAUGGACUCGGUGUGAUUCUAAGCAAAAUAGUGAAAAGCUUCAACUUCUCAAAAGGCAGAGUUUCAGUUUUGGUGUGAAGGACUUAAAGAGAGAGGUCACUCUAGCGCCCUCCACCGGAAUCUGUACUCCCGUUUGGGAUCAAUUGGGACGAGAAAACGGAAACAGAAACGCGAAAGCAGCUAAUGACAUGAAGCUGUUUACGGGUCGGGCUACAGAAACAGAAACUGUGAAUCUGAGGCGUCCAUUUUGGUCGAAACUUCUCACGUGUUUCUGAUGCAUUCAGACGUUGGAAGAUGCUGCAGUCUUGACAGAUGUGGGAUACGAAUCAGAAAUUCUAGAAACAUUAGGAUUUACAUUGUAAUAUGAAAUUCUAAUGUAUUUUGUUUAAAACUUAUUGUAUAAUGCAAGUUCAU